AUGGCAGCAACAGCAAGGCGUACACUGCUCCUCUGCGUCAAGGACAUCAGAGCCGCUGGUCCCUCGAAUGCAGCAACUAAUGCCAGUAAAACCAAAUACCUGACCUUGCGCCAAUCACGGUUCAGACCAUGGAUAGUUUCAAGCCAGCAAGAUAUUCGACACUUCACAUCUUCUCGGACACGAUGGCGUGAAGCAACGUCAUCGCUAUCUUCUGACAAGCAUGCACCGCCUGUUAUUGAUCGGACGAGGUCGAAGCUCUUCAAGGAUGCCGACGAGGCUGUGGCGGACAUCCAAUCCGGCUCGACCAUCCUCAGUGCUGGAUUUGGUCUGUGUGGGACAGCCGAGACCAUCAUCACAGCAAUGCACAAGCGCGGAAUCGAGUCACUCAACAAUCUCACUGCGGUUUCGAACAACGCUGGUGCGGCAGGCGCCGGCGGACUCUCGCCUCUGACACAGUCGGGCCAAUUGACGCGAUGUAUCCUCUCUUAUUUGGGGAACAACAAAAAGCUCGAACAGAAGUACCUGAACGGCGAUAUCGCCAUCGAACUGUGUCCACAGGGCACGCUGGCGGAGCGGAUCCGUGCCGGCGGAAGUGGGAUUCCCGCCUUUUACACGCCAACCGGUGUCCACACGUGCAUCCAGACUGGAGAGAUCCCCACGAGAUUAGGACCUGCUGAUCCGGAGACGCAAAAAUCGAGCGUGCUGGAAGCGGGAAAGCCAAGAGAGACGAGGAUCUUCAAUGGCAGAACGUAUGUCAUGGAAACCGCGCUGACCGGCGACGUUGCCAUCAUCCGCGCCUGGAAGGUCGACGAGGCUGGCAAUUGUCAAUUCAGAUACACGACCAAAGGUUUCGGCACCAUUAUGGCCAAGGCUGCCCGACUGACCAUUGUCGAGGCUGAGAAUAUCGUGCCCACGGGUUCCAUAGACCCGAACGACGUCCACCUCCCUGGCAUCUACGUGGACCGCAUCGUGCCUGCCACCGUGGAAAAGAAAUUCGAAAUCAAAAAGACUCGUUCUGCCAGCGACGAGGCAGGUUAUUCCUCCGACUCGUCCACGACCAGUAACAAAUCAGCAGCCCUGAUCCGGCGAGACCGCAUCGCCCGCCGCGCCGCGAAGGAACUCAAGCACGGUAUGUACGUCAACCUCGGUGUGGGAAUGCCCACGUUAGCACCCUCAUUCCUCCCGAGCGAUGUCAAGGUAUGGAUCCAGUCCGAGAACGGCAUUCUGGGCAUGGGCCCGUACCCGACCGAGGACGAAGUCGACCCGGACAUCAUCAACGCGGGCAAGGAGACCGUCACGCUGGUCCCUGGCGCCUCGACGUUCGACAGCGCCGAGAGCUUCGGCAUGAUCCGCGGCGGCCACGUCGAUGUCUCCAUCCUAGGCGCCCUGCAGGUGUCGGCGGCCGGCGAUCUGGCCAACUACAUGAUCCCGGGUAAAGUGUUCAAGGGCAUGGGCGGUGCCAUGGACCUCGUCUCCAACCCCAACCAGACCAAGAUCGUCGUCGCCACCGACCACGUCGACAAGUACGGCAAGUCCAAGAUCGUCGAGCAGUGCUCCCUGCCCCUCACCGGCGCCCGCGUUGUCAGCACCAUCAUCACCGACCUCUGCGUCUUCCAGGUCGACCGCGUCAAGGGGACGCUGACCCUGACGGAGCUCGCGCCCGGCGUGUCGGUCGAAGACAUCCGGGCCAAGACGGACGCGAGGUUCGCCGUUGCCGAGGAGAUCAAGACGAUUGAAUGA